UACUAACCGCUAUCUUCUUUCCAGGAGUUGGAACAAGAGAAACAUCUGCUUCGACGGCGGCUGGACACCACGCAGGGGGAGUAUGAGGCGAGGAUACUGGAGCUGCAGAACGACAUCAAAGAGCUGUCUGCUAAAAUCGGAUCGAGGGAUACUUCAGUCAAACAGCGUGAUGAGGAGAAGGCCAGCUUGAUAGCUGAGUUGACAGCGCAAAACUCCCGACUAACUGCGCAGCUAAAGGAGUCGUCGGCGACAGAAGCCAACCUCUUAGCACAGCUGGAAGCGCUGAAGGACCAGUGUACCAUCAGGAAGACUAGCUUACAGGAUCAUGUACAAAGUCUGGAAUCCCUCAAAGCUGAGCUGGCUUUGGUCAGUGACAAGAAGGCAGACCUGGAACGGAGGCUGACGAGCUCCCUCAAGAACAAGGGAAGGACUGAUGCAGCAGCUUGAAGAAGCCAACGACAGGAUCGUGGCUUUGGAGAGGCAGCUCAAGGAACAGGAACAUCUCUACCAAAACACACUUAAAGAAUUAGAACGGCUACAAAGAUCGCACGACACACUCGCCGAGCGAGUCGGGGCGCCAGAUCCCAUCGAUACUUCAGACACGGCGAGAUCUCUGCAUGCUGAGAUGGAGUCGGAGCCCGAGGAGCAAGACGAUGGCUGGCUGAGGUCUGAAGCGGUGCAGGUGUAUAAACAGUUGAGGACGCUGGCGUUGCAGCUUAACACUGGACAUGAUGAUGAUUCAGGGCUACACUCAGACCUGUCCAUCUCAUCGCUGGACGGUGAGGAGGGCGAGACCCUCCGCCGAGGGGCGCUCGCCGCCGCCUGCGCGGACGCUGUGGCCGCCUACGCCACUCUGGAGGUUCGCGCGUCAGGGACUCCAUCGCUGCGCACGCUCGCCGCGCGCUAGAGAGGGAG